GUUGGUGUCCCGAUUAUGCUAGCUUACGUCUAUGGUGUUGUUCCACUGUCACUGUGCAGAAAUGGUGGAUGCGGAGUUGGCAGUGGCUCGGCACGACCAGAACAUAAUGAACUGGAUGAUGACGAAAUUUGGAAUGAAGUUAAUAGUCAUAGCCGUGAGAAAUCGCCCCUACUGAACGAUAUGGAACGACAAGAUGGAACAUCACUGACAACACGAAUGUCUGUAAAUAGUGGAUUCUCAAAUGCGCAACAAGUGCACAGUCGUUUACAGGUACAAGCGGAAUUAUGCCGUCGAAGGCCAAGCAUUGAAUCAGGGAUUACUAGCAUAGGCGAAAAAUGCAACUAUGAAGAAGCGAGUACUAAAGCAAUGGCCGGUUCUCAGUACAACGAUGAUAAGGAAGCUGUGAGCUAUUGUGAAGAAGUGGCUAGCACUAUUGCCUUGGCCGGUUCUGUAAUUGAUGCCAAAUCGCUCACCGAUAGUGCCAGUGGACGUGUUUUUGUUACUCAGAUGUGUAAUCGCGAUCGUGAUUUGAGUCCAUCUUCACAGCAUGUCAAUGAUUCUUGCAGACUCAACUACAGGACGAUUCUCUGUCAUGGGGAACUGGUGCUGCUAGCAAGCGUCGUGGCCGAGCAACAAGUAUCGUUUCUGCGACAAGCGGUGGUGCAGGCACGUCGUCACAUCGCAUCACGCAUGCAUCACACUCGAAUUUAA